UGUGUAUGUAUGUGUGUAUGUAUGAGUGAGAGCGCGGAUCGGAGAUGGGGGGCCGGAGCCGGAGCCGGUGCAGGGGAGAGCGGCCGAAGAGGGGUUUAGUUCAACUGUCUCAGUCCAUUAGCUCAUAUCGUAAACCUUCAUCAUUAUCAUGAACUACUCACGAUAUAUCAAUGCAGUGAGUGCAGCUCGAAAAAUAUCGCCCAUCAGAGCAUUGACCGAAUUGCAGCUGAGGAGUCCGCCAACCAUGAUCUCCCUCGCUGGAGGAAUGCCGAACCCCAACAUGUUCCCCUUUGAGACCGCCAGCUUCACCAUCAAGGGUGGAAGGAGUAUCACGUUUGGCAAGGAGACCAUGAAGCGAGCUCUACAAUACUCCCCCUCAUCAGGAAUUCCAGAGUUAAUUUCCUGGAUGAAGGAUCUGCAGAAAAGGCUUCACAACCCACCAACCAUGAGCUACAGCCCGGAGCAAGAGCAGAUGGACUUGUGUGUCACCAACGGCAGUCAGGAGGGGCUCAGUAAGGUGUUUGAGAUGCUUAUCAGUCCUGGGGACAACAUUCUUCUGGACUGCCCCACGUACGCUGGGACCCUUGCCACGCUCCAUCCACUGGGGUGCAAGAUCCUCGCCGUCUCGAGUGAUCAACACGGGAUCAUUCCCCAGUCCCUGUCCGACAUCCUUUCGAGAUGGAAGCCGGCGGAUGCGAAGAACCCCGACUCCAAUAUCCCGAAAUUACUGUACACUGUUCCAAACGGUGGAAACCCAACUGGAGCCUCCAUUAGUACUGAGAGAAAGAAGGAGGUAUAUCAGAUUGCCAGAAAAUAUGAUUUACUGAUAAUUGAGGAUGAUCCUUAUUUCUUCCUGCAGUUUGAAAAGCCUUGGGGUCCAUCAUUCCUUUCUAUGGAUGUAGAUGGGCGAGUACUCAGGAUGGAUUCCUUCUCCAAGAUCUUGUCUUCAGGGCUGCGGAUAGGAUUCGUAUCUGGCCCGAAGCCACUCAUCAAUCGAGUCGUUCUCCACAUCCAAUCCUCUACAAUGCACACCAGCACAUUCACACAGCUCAUGGUUGUCGAGCUCCUGCAACAGUGGGGACAGAGUGGAUUCUUGCAGCACGUUGACAGAGUGAUUGAAUUCUACAGCAAGCAGAGGGAUGCCAUGCAGUUGUCUGCAGAAAGAUGGUUGAAAGGUUUAGUUGACUGGAAUAUUCCAAGUGCUGGCAUGUUCUACUGGAUGAAGCUAAAGGGGAUCCCGGACACUCACCAACUCAUCUCGGAGAAAGCCGUGCAAAAGGAGGUGUUGUUUGUCCCUGGUUCUGUAUUCAUGGUUGACAGCUCUGCGCCCUGUGCCUACGUGCGUGCUGCUUUCUCCAUUUCUACACCUGAAGAAAUAGACCAGGGUUUACAAAGACUAUCUGCACUCAUCAAGGAGUCGGUGUAGUGCUGCUUCCCGCACACAACACACAAUGAAGCCCAGAGUAAUUGAAAUCAGAAAUUACCUCACUUUUUUUUCUGGUUAUGGUGUCGAAUCAUCUUGUAAAUCCGGAAAUGAGGACGGCUUCACCAGAGAUUUGAUGUUUGGGAGGAAAAAACCCCGUCAGUGCCAAAUAUCAUUGGCACAUCCACCAAAGAACAGAUAGAUGAUGAUUUUAAUUUUCUUUGGAUAAUUUGCUUCACACAAACUUGUUUGUCUGAUCAUUUUGAGCAUUGUGUCAGUAAAAAUCCCCUUUAUUCUGCCUGUGCCAAGAGCAGAAUUUGCUAUAAUCCAUUACAAUCCUUCCUUUUCUGCAGAGAUGAUGCCUGACCCGCUAAGUUACUUCAGCACUUUGCGUCUAUCUUCGGUAUAAACCAGCUCCUUCCUACACAACCCUUGUACCUUGUGGUCGUCACUUCCGAAGAGUCCACCUCGAAUACUGGAAGUUGGACAACUUAUACUGGACAAUUUUUACAUUUAUCAAGCCAAUUAACCUACUAACCUGUACCUCUUUGGAGUGUGGGAGGAAACCGAAGAUCUCGGAGAAAACCCACGCAGGUCAGGGGAAGAACGUACAAACUCUGUACAGACAGCGCCCAUAGUCGGGAUCGAACCCGGGUCUCCGGUGCUGCAUUUUUGCUGUAAGGCAGCAACUCUACCGCUGCGCCACCGUGACUGCCACUCUUUCACUGUAUCUCAGUACACACGCCAAUAAUAAACCAAUACUAACACCAAUAUAAAGGCAUUGCCCUUACAGAAUCAUUUUGUGGGUGUGAAAAAGGGACCCAACCUGAAAGAUCACCUAUCCAUGUUCUCCAGAGAUGCUGCCUGUCCCACUGAGUUACUCCAGCACAUUGUGCCUAUUGUUUUGUGGGUGCUGUGUUACAACCCCUUCCUUCCCUGAACUGACUGGGGGUGUGUGAUCUGUGUUCACAUCUUCAGUGUGAACAGGCAGAGCGAUCGGGCACAGUAGUCAGUUCUGUUGCUACUGCACAGUUCUGGCGGCCUGGGUUUGAUUCUGACCUUGUGUGCUGCCUGUGUGGAGUUUGCACAUUCUCCCUGUAACUGCGAGGUUCCUCUGGAUGCACUGCUUUGCUGUCCACUCCCUCAUGCCAAAGUCGUGCCGGUUGGUAGGUCAGCCAGCCAAGGAGAUGAUCUUGACGAAUCACCGGCACAAAGGGUAGAGCCGCUGCAUCACAUCGCCGGCGAACCGGGCUCAAUCCUGACCUCGGGUACUGUCUGUGUGAAGUUUUCACGUUCCCCAUGUGACCGCGUGGGUUUCCAGUUUCCUCCCACAUCCCAAAGUCGUGCGGGUUUGUAGGCUGUGGCUGCUGUAAAUUGCUCCUUGUGUGUAAGGAGUCGAUGUGAAAAUGGGAUAACAUAGAACUACACACUAGCUGGCGUGUAUUCAGUGGGCUGAUUAACCUGUUUCCCUGCUGUAUCUUUCAAUCAAUUAAAACAAAAACUACA